UUUUAAUUGAGUUAUUUACAUCAAAGGAAGACUUCAAAUUGUAUUAAAAUGCAUGAAGACGAGUCACGUACUGUUCUCAUUAAUAUAAUAAAACCAAGAAGACUCACAGAUAAUAAUUAUAACAAUACCGUAAAAUUGAAGCGUAGAAAUAGCAUACAAACUGUAAAAAAACGAUUGAAAAAAGCUUCUAGUGUAUGUCAGACAUGUUUUGUACCUGACAUUGAACCUUUACCAGCAGCCACAUUGAAAAAGGAUGCAGUUUUGUUGCCUUACGUACUCUAUACGAGGACACAAGAAAAGGAGAUAUUCCGGAAACGUAUGAAUAUGGGGUUACGUGACAGUUACAAAGCUGUUUAUGCAAAAAUUAUGAACCGUAUUCAUAUAGAUGAUCCACCCGACGAUGUUCUGACUGUAACAGGCUUCGAUCCUGGAUUUUUCCAAUGCGUCAGUACAACUAUUUUAUCAAAGUAUAUAGCUCCAUACAAAUCCCUCAAAUAUUCGUUUAACACUCAGUUAAGGUUGAGACAAGAAUGUGGUUAUCGAAAUGACUGUAUGUUAAAUAUUGAAUCAAAUUUCAAGAGAGAACAGGAAACUUAUGAUGAAGCUACUCAAAGGUAUAUGGAACAAGUUAAAUAUUUCGAAGCUUUCAUUUUGGCUGACUAUCUCAAGUCUAUGGUGUACCUCAAUAAAUGGGAAGAGUUGGCAUUAGCACUGAACAAGGUUAAUUUUGAAUAUCAAUGUCUUGCUGCAAAAAUGUUUACAAUAACUUCGAGGAUAGUGGGGCUAGAUUACAGGUAUGGGCUGCAGCAAAAAUAUGGGAGAUGUUUGUAUUACCUCUCGCCUCCAAGUUGGCGGUACAAAAAUAGGAACUUUGCUCGAUCUGUCGAGAUAGAAGCGAAAGGUUUUGAUUUUGGGAUAUCCAAGGAAGAGGAUACGUUUAGUGUUAUGUUUGAAAAACUGCAAAUGGAGUGCUACGGUGGCCUUGUUAAACCAGUUCUAUACUUUGAUCAUGCUGCCGAUUUAAUGAAAUUGUUUGACGGAAUAGAGCAACAACAUUUGCAUCAUUUUACGCACGUGGUUCAACUUGCGCCUCACACAACAUUUUUAAAGAAAGGAAUAAAACUCUUUAAUGACAUUAUUGCUCAGGAUAGUGCAGGAAUUCUUGCUAUAAUUAAAGAAUUCAAAAAAUUGUUAGAAUUCAGCGAGGACCAAGGAUCCCAGCUGGAGGCAAAAUUCUAUAAGAUAAUCAAUGGGUUUUUUUACGACUGCGUUGGUGCUCCAGAAGUCUUAAAAUUUCAGUUGCACUUAGAAUUUUGUUAUGAAAAAAUACAUAAUGAAAAACCUAUAAAUAUGGAUUUAGUGGGAACAGCUAAGGCUUUAGAAGAUUUUUACAUGGACUAUUCUAAACGGUUGGAUGCGGUAACAGGAGAAAAAAUAAAAGCCGCUAUGGCUGUGUAUAUUAAUUCAGAACGACAGCAAUUCAAAGAAGCCAAAGACGCGGCAAAGGAACUACGACAAUUCAGACGUUUGGAGCUUACCUUGCUUCGAGCUCAUGCGCUACCAAGUACCGUGCAACCAAAUUACAACUUUACUAGGAACCUAAGUUUGAGAAAAAAAAAGUUACCCAAAACAAAAUGCGAGGAAUAUAGAAAUAGUCUCACUGAAGGUGAAUUAGAAUAUCUGACCUUGUUUACUGAUUGGACAGAAUUAGAGGAUCCUGCUAACUACUUACAAUGUCGCAGUAUGUCACACGUCGACACAGGACAUACUAACAAGAAGUAACAUUCUAUUACUUUUAGUAUUUCAAAAAUAAAAUACAAUAUGUUAAUGAAAACAGUUUAUUUACGGGGUUCAAUAUGAAAAACGUAUAUGUAUCUCCAUAAAACACAAUACAAUAAUACGCAAUGUAUGUAUAUAGAUACAAUAAAACAAAUAUUAUUUAAUAACAAAAUUUACACGCUCUACACAUAAAAAUGUUUGGUUUCAUGGUAUUGACAAAUAACUACUUGGAAUUUACAUAUUUACAAAAUGGGUACCUAACACAAACUGGUAAAAGCUUCAUUCAAUAUUAUGUCUUAACAUUAGGUUAUACAUCUAUGAGUAAAUAAAUAAAUAGGUACUAAAACUAAACAAACAAAUGAUGACAAUACUUUCGUCUAUCAGAAGUUUAAAGCUUUGACUUGAAAUUUUCAUCAACGCUAUGACGACACGAUCAAUGGCCUAGGAUAGUCUUUCAAUUACAUCGUUACCUUAUCGUUACAUAUUUAAUUUACGAGUACAUCUUGUCA